AUGGAGGCGGAGGAGCACUUUGGUUUUGAGGAGGUGGCAGCGAGGCGGGCUCUGGAGGAGCUGUACCGACCAUAUGAGAAGAACCUCGACUUCAUGCGCACCGUGCAGAACGGUGCUUUCCUGCUGGUGGACGAGCAGCGUGCGGAACAGGCGAGCUACCGGGAGCUGGUGGUGCUGCGCCAUGCGACUGAGCGGCUGCUGCGUGUGGUGGACACGUCCAUGCACUCCGUCAUCCAGAGAGAGCGGCAUGCAGCGCGCAGAGAGCUAGCAGCAGCACAGAGGGCGAGGCAGGAGGCGGAGAUGAGGCAGCAGCGGUGUGGGCGGCUGGAGAGGGAGCUUGGCGAGGAGAGGAGCCAACAUGCUGCCGUUGCGGCUCUGCUGGAAGCAGAGAGGGAUCGCAGCACCUGCCGCAUCUGCUACACCAAGGAACGAAAUGUUCUGCUUCUCCCAUGCA